AUGGCUACCUCAACCUUCAAGGCCACCAACUACUCAGCCGGGGAUCUCGUCGCGAGCUGCGGCGCCAUUCUCUUCGACUCCCUAGGGCCUGCUUUUCAAGUUUGCCUCGUUCACUACAGACUUCAAGAUGAGUGGCCACUUGCCAAAGGGCGUCGUAACUGCGGCGAGUCGAGACACGCAGCCGCUCUCCGAGAGCUAGAAGAGGAGACGGGCUACCGAUGCCACCUCUUCCCAAUGACCAUGCCGACACGCCCUCCAGCCUCAGCUCAGCAAAGCAGCGUGCCCGAUCAGCCACAUCAUCUGGUGGUAUAUGCCGAGUUCGCGGACCGGGCCGCGGUUGGGGAGGGAGAAGAGGCGUUCACGUCACAGUUCUUCAACACUGACAAUGCGAUGCAAAAGUUGACAUUUGCUGGUGACAGGCACAUUUUGAAGAAGGCCAUCAAGCUCACGGAGAAGCAGGCUUACGCACCCCGACUCCUGAUGGUCGCCAAAAGCGAAGGGUCCACUGUGGAUACAAUUUAG